AUGGACAGUGGAGGCCAGAAUGGCGCACUUUCCGACCACCACAAGGACUCUGCCGUGAAUGGCAUUAACGGUGUCAAGAGCAUUGACGGGCCGCGAGUCGCGCCAGAUAAGGGAAAGGCGCCAGCUACAACUACAGCCAACAAUGGGAGCAAUGCCGUCAAUGGAGGGGGGGCCGAGGGCGAGGCUCGAUCAAAUUCUCCGAUCGAGCAAGUUUCGCGGAUGAACAAUCUCCCUGAUGAAAUCGUUCACAUCACUCAGGGCUUCGUUCCGCUCUCCCUCCUCCUAACACGGCUCGCUCAAUCUACGCACAACAUGUUACAAGACAAGAUCGCCGAGCUGGCCAAACUGCCACUUCCUGCUGCUGCCACGAACGGGACCACAAACUACACUCAGAGCGCUCCGGAUGACACUUCAGGCGAAAACCUUCGAAAGAAGGCGAUGUUACUACAUUUCACCCAGGAUAUGCAUGCAAAGUGGGUUAAAGCACUAGUUAUUGUGGAAUGGAGCAGGAAAGCUUCCAUGGUCAGCAAACUUAUCGAUCUCAAAUUCCACCUCGAUCAACAACGAAUCCUCUACGAUACGGCCCUGGAUAGCAUUAUCAAUGUGAAGCGGGACUUGACGUAUGCCCGAAUGCCAAGCCCUGAUCUAAAGACGGCACUACAAGUUCUUUCCACUGGAACGGCGCCGUGGAUGCCAGACCUUCAAUAUAUUGAGCCGCCCCCUUUGACAACAGAGGAGCAGCUGAGAGGCAUUGGUGAUCUGGAUACGCUGCUAUCUCUGCGGCUAAACCUUGACGAUUUUGACAAAAUUCCGCAUCAGUUCCGAAACUACACGAUUGGAUCAGGCCGAGUCACUUUCAAAGUUGCCGGAGAAUUCGAAGUGGAUUUAACGAUUGCAGAUGAAGACUUCGAAAAGCAGUUUUGGUUCAUUGACUUCAGAUUUGCCUUUCGACCGGCGGCACUAUCACUCCCCGAAUCGUUACGAACACCACUUGAAAACUGCGUAAACGAGGCACUGGCAAAGGAUGGAUUAACGGGUUGCUAUCAAUUUUUGCACGAAUACGUCUUAACCACCAAGAUCAAUGAGCUGAAGCGCCAAGCGUUGCAGCUGAGCCGGACAUCAUGGACUGGUACGUUGGCAGUGGAACCUCUAAACAGAGCCUUGUCCAUCCAGUACUGGACGUCUCGUUCACCCGCUACUGGUCUGAAAAACUGGAUCAUUGUAGCGGUAAACAGCGGACGCAAGCAGGGAGGCAGAACAGAUCCAAAGGCAUCGAGUUUCUUGGCAGCAAAGUGGUAUCGCGAUGGUAAAGAAGUCAAAGACGUUGAGAUUGAGGUGAAUACCGAGAAUCUGUCGGCAGAAUCACUGCUGAAAGACGUCGUUGGACGGCACAUCGAGCACAUCCUGUCAAAUAUUCACUCUGGGCUAUUGGCAGCGCCAAGAUUCAAGAAUCGCGAGACCGGCGUGGUCCUAAACAUAUCAAAAACCGAUCCGGUGGCAUCCUGCCUAAAUCUGCAAGUAGGGUACGGUGGCACAGUGUCCCUCUUAAUCGAGCCAACGAGCGGUGCCUUUGCCAUGAAGCCGCAUUCAAAGUUUUCCAUUCAGCCGGAGCUUCAGCUGAACAAUGGAAAAAACCCAACGGAAGACGGAGUCAACUUCUUAGAACACUUGCGAUGCGCAAUUAUAGAAGAUGAACUGGGUAGAAUGGGAACUGCUAGGGGUUGGUCUGUCCGGAAAGCACCCGUAAACGUUGAUGAGUUGAGGUCGAUUACCAAGAUGCGGAGAUGGAGCCGUACAUUAUGGCUACAACACGGAGGAUGGGGUUCAACUUGGUUUGUUGGAGUGAUUCUCAGCCUGGAGGGCGAUGAAUGGUGGUUGCUCGAGACUUUUUGGGAUAACCUAAAUCUCUUUGCAGGUGGCAUGAUCACUCAGUCAGUCGAUAUGAGAGAGCUACAUCGGCGUAGGGUUAAGUGCCAAUCGAACGGAAGCAUCGAUUUAUCUCUACCUCAACAAGUCAGAAUGCCAUCCAUCGAAGUGGCACUAUCGGCCAUUUUCCCAACAGCGGGAAUCUCUCCCUCGGCUAGGGAACCGUGGGCAGAAAAUAUGGUUGCAAUCAACUUCAAGGGUGUUCACUCAGAGUCCAGACGUGAAGAGACAAGCGAAGGAAGCUACACAACAUCCCAUGAGUUGGUCUGCACCUCAGACGUGGUGAUCAGAGUGCGACGACCAACAAGAUUCUUGGACCUGAAGGGUGUGGUGGAUCGGAAUGUUUCCUACAACCCUCAGAGGGGCGAAUUCAUCUUACAAGUCCAGCGUCGCGUCACUGAGCCAGUUUUUGACAUACUAAAGUCGCGAAUCAAGGCAAUUGACAGAUUUGUCAACUUUCUCGAAGCUAUGGAGAACGCUAAAGGUUCAAUCAUUAGCGAAUCGAUCACGUUAAAAGGAGUUGUCUUCUGCUAUAGCUCGCCGCUACCCGCGCCGCCGGAUGGGGAAACUGCCGCUCCUCCUUCAGCUCGCGAACUAUGGAGAGUGAAGAUGGAUCUAUCCAGCGAAGACAUCGAUAUUCACAUGGAGAAGGAUAACCCCCAUGUCCGGGUUAUCGAUCUCGCAAGGAAUUUGGCCAGCACAGAAGGUGGUAUCGGCUUACUGAUGGCCUGGCUUCCCAUGUCAUUACACGCGAUGAAGGCUCUCGUCCAGCUGGAUGCCCAGUGGACUGAGCUGUUUGAAAAAGGACAGGGCCAGUUGGACUUUAGCAUGAAAUCCAUGACGUGGAUCAAUCUCAAGUAUAAGGACCUUGCGACAGGUCAACCUGGAGACAAGACCAAGAGGAGCAUUUCCAUAGAUGUCAAAAUGAAGGCCCGCCGUGGUGAAGGGUGGUGGCACGCUUGGCGGUCUACUACCAACGCAGCACCCGACGAGUUUGACCAGGCUUUGAAAGCUGUGUGGGAAGGCAAAGGGAACAAUUGGCUUGGUCUUACUAGCGGCGCAGCAGCCCAGUCUAAUGAGGCUGUCAUGGAUAUGCUGCUUGCGAUUGAUGCUGCGAUUCGAGGAGUUGUACAUGCAUCACCGUCAAUACCACCCGGCGGCGUGAAAGCAGAGGUGAUAACAUUAGACUAA